UUAUGUAAAUUGUCAAAUUGCAAAAUAUGGUCAAUGGGAUCUUGUAGGUGAUUCUGGUGUAUCUAGUAUGCACGCCGUUCUUUCUCCUAUGACCAGCAAAAUAUUAUUUAUUGAUAGAGUAGAAUUAUCUACAAGAGUCAAUAUAAGUGGAAAGCUUACUUAUUCUGUAGAAUAUGAUCUUGAUACAAAUGAAAUAAGACCUUUAACUACUUUAUCUAAUACUUUUUGUUCUGCUGGUUCUUAUUUGUCAAAUGGUACUGUCAUAAAUUUAGCCGGUGCUGAUGCUACAGAAGGCAUUACUCAAGGAUUUAAUCAAAUAAGAAUGUUUAAUUCUUGUAAUAAUGGAACUUGUGAUUGGAAAAAUGCUGGUACUCUUCUUACAAAGAGAUGGUAUCCAACUGUUGAACAGUUGUCCGAUGGUACUUUAUUUAUCAUUGGUGGUUCAGUUAAAGGUGUUUAUGUUAAUAGUGAGAAAAUAAAUGAAGCAAGUUUUGAAACUUUUCCUUCUAUUACUGGUACAACAACUGUUCCAUUCCCAUUUUUAAAUGAAACUUUACCUUACAAUUUGUACCCUUGUGUCCAUCUUUUACCUGAUGGUUCCCUUUUCAUUUUGGCGAAUCAAAAAGCGAUUAUUUUGGAUACAACUACUUGGAAAAUUAAAGUUACUUUACCGGAUAUUCCUGGUCCUUCAAGAAAUUAUCCAUUGACUGGUGCUUGUACACUUUUACCAUUAGAUUUUAGCAAUAAUUAUCAACCUGAAGUUCUUGUUUGUGGUGGUGGUAUUAAUAUUAAUAAUUCUACUGAACUCAACGACGUUAAAGGUGAUUUUUCUUGUGGACGUAUUGCUCCUUUAUCUAAUAAUCCUACUUGGGAAAUGGAAUCAAUGCCUUUUGGUCGUGUAAUGCCUGAUAUUACAAUAUUAGCUGAUGCUAAUAUUAUGAUUCUUAACGGAUGUUAUAAUGGUACUGCCGGGUUUAAUAAGUGCAGUGAUCCUGUACUCACUCCUAUCCUCUAUAAUCCUAAAGCUGCUUCUGGUUCAAGAUUUACUAUAAUGCAACCAUCUUACAUUCCUCGUAUGUACCACUCCAUCGCUAUAUCUAUUCCAUCAGGUCAAGUACUAGUAUCUGGGUCAAAUCCAAAUAGUAAACCAUCUAGUGUUGGUCCUUUUCCAACUGAAUUUCGUGUUGAAACAUACAGUCCACCUUAUUUAUUUACUGGUGUUCCACAACCUGAGAUUACACUAGCUCCUAAUAGUUUAAUAUAUGGUCAAUCGUUUGAAAUUAAUUAUAAGGCAUAUAGUGGUACUCACAAGGUUAUCGCAAAAUUACAUAAUCCCGGUUUCGUUAGUCAUUCUACACAUAUGAGUCAAAGAUUAGUUUUGCUUGAGAUUACAGCAUCUGAUGAUAGUAAAUUAACUUUGACAGCUCCGGCUAAUGGUUCUAUAGCACCACCUGGUCCAUAUUUAUUAGGCAUUGUAGAUAAUGGUGUACCAUCAGAGUCAAUUUGGAUCAUGCUUUCAAAAUAA